AUGUUGGAGGAGGUAGUUGGGGUAGAUGUGGAGAUCAAAACUCCGGCUAAUAAGUUUCACAUGUUCACCGGAAGAUCACAACAUUUGUCUAAAGCCACUCGCUAUAUUCAGGGAUGUGAUCUGCUUGAAGGGGAAUGGGGCAAAGUUGGAAGCAUACUUUUGUGGAACUUAGUUUUUGAUGGAGAGCCAAGGGUGUCGAAAGAUAUGAUCGAGGCGAUGGAUUUGGAGAAGAAUGUAAUUCAGUGGAGGGUGUUAGAGGGACCUCUGAAGAAAGAUUACAAGAGCUUCUUGAAAACGAUGAAGGUGAGCCCCACGAAAGAAGGGUCUGGAAAUGUGGUGAAAUGGAACAUUCAGUACGAGAGGAUUGAUGAGAAGGUGCCUCACCCAGAGAGGCUGCUCCAGUUCUUGGUCGAAAUGACUAAAGAGGUCGACCUUUACCUAUUGUCUGAAGAAUAUGGACUCUUCUACGUAUGA